CAAAGGGAAGGGAAACUGCAUUUUCUCCAUUCCCCACUGGUAUAUCGUUGAUGCAGCUAGCAAGCGAACGCUUCAAGUUAAAUCCAGUAUUUUAAGAGUUCAGGGUUGAUGUUCCUUAUCCACUUUCCCACUCGAAGAACCGCCGUUCGAUACAUUUCGAAGAAUAAUAUUAUUUUAGUCCGACUGAACAAAACAAAUUGAAGUGCAAAGUUAAUAGUUACAUUUCUAUUGAUUUGCUAGCUUGCAUUGCUAGUUGGGAAAGCUAAGGUUAGCUACGAUAUUUAGUUUUCUAAGAUUUAAAAGGGCGGGUAUUAUUUUUAGCCAUUAACAGUUUGUUGUUGCUAAUUCGAAGACACCGGCUAAUUAGUUAAUCAUAGCUAACUCGUAACUAGCUCGCUUUAAUACUGUGCGUAUUCAGCCUGGAAGCCAAUUCAAGGCCUUGCUUACCACCAGUUUGCAUCGCCGUGCAGUGAGAGCUGAAAGAUUACUUGGUGACAAAGAGACUUCUCCCUGAGGAGCCAAGAAGUAGACGGCUCAUGACUUCUGACCAGGAUACAAAAGUUGUAGCUGAACCACAGGUGCAGCAAGUACAAGAACCAAAAGAGAGCUCUCAUCUGGAAUCUGCCAAGGUUUCUGACCUGAACCCCAAUGCGAAAGCAUGGGCCAAUCACAUGCUUAACCUGGACACCACCACUGGGACUGCAGAUCCACCUGCUCUCCAGCCAUGGAAGGGCGGCUGCGUUAGCAGCUCCGCUAACCCUGGGCCAGAAGGCUGUGAAGCCAGCGAAGACGAAGUGUUUGAAGGGACCCUACUAGCUGACCCAGAUGAGCCGCCGGCGGUGAUACUGGCAGAGCCGGCUCCCAUGGCUGCCACCGUCACCCUGGAGUGCUCCGACCAUGCUGCAUACCCAGAGUCUGGCCAGGAGGAAACUCACACAGGCAGUGAGACCCAGCAGGAGAUCCCUCAAGAGGACCUCCGGGAACACCUGAAGAAGACCCUGGAGUUCUGUCUUUCCCGAGAGAAUCUGUCCAGCGACAUGUAUCUUAUCUCUCAGAUGGAUAGUGACCAAUAUGUACCAAUCGUGACGGUAGCUAAUCUGGACCACGUCAAGAAACUCAGCACGGAUGUGGAGUUGAUCGUCGAUAUCCUACGAUCUCUGCCGUUGGUCCAGGUGGAUGAGAAGGGGGAGAAGGUGAGACCCAACCAGAACCGCUGCAUCGUCAUCCUCCGAGAGGUCCCUGAGAGCACUCCCAUAGAGGAGGUCGAGGCUCUUUUUAAAGGAGAGAACUUACCUAAAUUCAUCAAUUCUGAGUUUGCCUACAACGACAACUGGUUCAUCACCUUUGAAUCGGAAGCAGAUGCACAACAGGCAUAUCAGUAUCUUCGUGAAGAAGUGAAAACCUUCCAAGGGAAGCCUAUUAAGGCACGGAUAAAGGCGAAGGCAAUCGCUAUUAACACUUUUAUGCCAAAGAAUGGCUACCGCCCGGUGGAGGUUCACCCUUACGCUCAGCAGCAGCAACAACGUUACACCUCCUACUACAUACCUCCAGUGUACAGCCCUCAGCAGCAGUUCCCCCUCUACAGUCUCAUCACUCCACAGGCCUGGUCAGCCACCCACAGCUUCAUAGACCCUUCGCUGGUUACCCAAUUUCACAACACCCAAUUUAUCAAUGGAUUUACGACAUCCCAUAGUUUUAAACCAGCGACGUCUCCUCUUGCUGGUGUUAGGCACUACUCUCCCAGGAAUAGGAAUCACACUCACAGUAAACCUCACCUGAGGCCCACAAUACCUAUCAUGGACCAGCGCGGCACAGGGCUCCUUGACAGCCCCACCAUCUUCAACUUCCCCACGGAGCGAAUUCUGAACGGGGUACCGCGGGGUUCCCCCCAAAUGACGCGCCUCCCGAGUCAGAACAGAACCAGGUUACCCCCCUCCACCAUGACCUACCCCAGGAGAGACAUCAGUACAGGUCGGUUGGAGCCCGUCAGCACUGACUACUCACUGGGCAUGGGCCGGGGAAGGAAAAAGAGGGACGACAACAAGUUUACAAGAAUGGCUACCCAGUCGCCACCCCCUCCUCAGAAGCCCCCGUCCCCCAGCUUUGAGCUGGGGCUCUCCAGCUUCCCCCCUCUGCCUGGGGCCGCAGGCCACCUCAAAACCCCUGACGACAUGUUUGAGAACAAACUGGCCAGCAUGGUAUUAGGAGCCACAAAGGACAGGAAUGUAAGCGUUGAUGCCAGCUCUGCAGGUGCCCUCCCCUCAGGAGGACCCAAGGAGCCACUAAGGACAGACACUUCUCCACAGCCCCCGAACCUCCAGCCCUCUGCCCCCCCGAACCCAGGACCAGCCUCUGGCCCUGUCCAUGUUUCCUCCCAACCUGCAGAGGAAGUGAAGGUUCUGGAGGUGAAUCAGGAGACUCAGGUUUCUAUGGAGCGCGUCACUACCGCUCUGUACACUGCUAGCAAAUCUGUUCAAGUCAAUGGUACUGCUACAGAACUGCGAAAGCCCUCUUACGCUGAGAUCUGCCAGAGGAUUAAAGACCACGCUCUGACACUACAGGCCCCUAAAGAGGCCAAACCAGCCAGCAGCGCUGCCUCCGCAGGAGAGGAGAGGAAGUGCACUGACGCAGCCACAGGGGACAGGGGUGAGCCAAAGGUCCCCCGAGAGACAUACCCAUGCUCCUCCAAGUCUGCCACCCUCGGCAGACCCCGAGAGGUCCGGAGACCGACCGGCCGGUGGCCUUCACCACCCCCCAACCACCCAGGGAAGGGUGCCAGCAGCAAAGAUCUCAACACUCCCCCAAAGUCCCCGCAGUAACCCCCCCCACUGCAAUCAAGUCAAUUUCAAUACAAAAACGUGAGAGUGAAAGAAAUCUGAAAAAGUCAGGGCUAUUCAAAUACAACCUAUUCUAAAAUCACCAGUCAUUCAUAGCAUAGAGAGGAUGCCUUUCUGGAUCAGGGCUUUCAGACAAUAGCACUUUAGUGUGCAUAUAGAGCACCGUUAAUCAUUUUUACUUAUUUAUUUUUGGAGGGUUUAUUUUUUUCAUUGCUUUUGUUAUUUAGUGUCAAUCUGAAAACUUACUCCUGUUCAGAUUAGUGGGAUAAAUUCAUAUGUCCAAAGUAUUGUGAGGUCAUCAGUGGAAGCCAACAACGGGUGAAUGAAAGGAAGCAGAUGAGGAACAGAGUAGCUGUUGCCAUGUCAUUCGUUGUGACUGAGGGGGUGUCUGUAUGUCUUGUAUGCAGUCCUGUUAAGUGGUGAUGUGAUUCCAUUGCCGGGUGUGAUGAUCACCAUAUCAGUCAGACAAGAUGGCUGUGUCCCAAAUGGCAACCUCAUCCCUAUAUAGUGCACUACUUUCGAUCAAAGUAGUGCACUACAUAUGGAAUAAGGUACCAUUAGGGACGCAUCUAUGAUGUGUUUUACAUAUUUGUGUUCAUAUUCAAGGUCAACUAGUCCAGGCUCAUUUUAUGGACUUAACUGAAAUCCUCAGAAGACUUCAUUUCUGAGGGACUUUGCCACCGGUGUCAUUUAUCAAAACUAGAUGACCUUUUUGCCAACAUGGAACACUUUAUCUCGUUAGAAUACAAGCAUUUGAGGAGAAUACGUUUAUUUGCAUACUGGUUUUGAUCGUUGGUACAAGUACUACUUGUUGCGUGCUGGUGUUUUUGAGAGCGCCUUAGACUUUCUUUAUCUGGUGUUUCUUGUGGAAAAGAAUUACAUUUAGUCGUUUUCUGUUGUCCAAUGCAGGAAUCUGUUUCCUGGCCGUGUAAAGCACAUAGCUAGUUAGUCCUCGUAGAGAGCCACUAUCGGGGUCAGUAGAAAUCUACAUGCAUUUUGAUCUUGGGAAAAGCAGAUGAGGGUCUUUCCAGCAAUUCGGUGCCUUUUGGGAUGUGUAACUUGGUCCAAUUUAAUUUCUUCACUUAAUUUUUUUACUUUCUGUCAUAAAGAGCACGUAAAACUUAACACAUUUUCCCAUCUCAACGUUAAAUACAAAAUUACUAUAGUAAGUGACAAAAUAAGUAACAGGGUUGACUGUCGCAGGGUUGACAAUUUCAUUUUCGAUCAGCUGUGAAUCCCAUAUUGAAAGGUGGAAUGGAAGUUUGUUGUGUAACAGGUAGUGGCAAUUGAUUGCCACCUUCACAAACAUUUUUAACGUAACAUUUCUAGCCUGUCUAUCUAUGGGUAACAGGGUUGACAUGGUAUGCUUGACUCGCUCAGUUUUCUACAACAAAACACCAGAAAAUGGCAAGAGUAGAACUGGCUCACCUGCUUUUACACUGUGAUUUGACUAGAUGUUCAUGUUUCUUUUGGAAGAAAAAAAACAUUUAAAAAAGGAAUAGUUUUACUAUAACAAAAUGAUAGUUCAGUUCGCGUAACAGGGUUUACCUUUAAAUUGAGGGACACAGAAAAUCACAAAUAAAAAAUCAUCUUCAGAUAUGACUGUCAAAGCCACAAAUUAUCUAGGGCUUUACAAUGAUAGGUUAAAAUAUUCCUAGAAGUCACGGAGGGAUUUUGAAUUUAGGCACUAACAAGUCUUCAUUCAUAUAAAGAAUUUGAUUUAUUGAAUUCCCAUGUGGUCUAUAUUAAAGGGCACUUCAUUUAAUAUAACACACUUUUAAAAUUCAAUAUUUGUGCACCAUUUAUACAUUAAAUAUCAAAGGGGUCCAAAAGUUUAUCAUUUUGUGGAACGACCCAUAAAUUCAUCACAUGGUGUCGAUUGGUGCCUCUUGUAGACUAUUUUCUUUCUUUACUAUUUUGCUGUGAAACAAGCAUGUCAGACUAGUUCAGCGGGCACAUACGUUGGCAAUGGAUAGGCUAUAGUGGAGGCUGCUGCGUGGAGGAUGACUCAUAAUAAUGUCUGGAACGGUGCGAAUGGAAUCAAACACUUAGAAAACAAGUGUUUUGAUGUAUUUGACACAGUUCCACUCCAGCCAUUAACACAAGCCCGUUCUCCCCAAUUAAGGUGCCACCAACCUCCUGUGCUCAGCUAUUAGGAGUCGGCAAUAGGGUUUUGGCAGGGUGUAGUGACUUCAUUCAAACAGUGGGAUGUUUUAUUUUAGAUAGCUAUAGUGCUAGCUAGAGGAUGAACCUGGAAAUUGCUACUUCAAAUAAUCUGGUACUGUACUUAGAUAAUAAUACUUGAUACAUGUUGUCAACUAAACUUUGCACUUUGUUUUGUUUCUGGAUUAAUUAAGAAAUCCAUAUUUUACCUACAUACAGAAGCAAAAGGGAACCUAACAUGUAAAGACAAAUAUGGAAAGGUCUGAUGGUCACAUAAGUAAUCCCUUUACAAUUUCAGCUAUACAACCAAUAGAUUUUUUCCCCCUAAAGAAUUAAAUUUCUUCUUGCCAUUUGACUUGUGCAUUAUGUUGUCAGAGGAUGAUCAGCUUUCAGAAUCUCUCAAAUGUUGACUAAUUGUAUUAACCUCUAUGCGGAUAAAUUCACACACGAGUUAAACUUUUUUGUUUACUCCCAUGUAAAUGCCUACAAGACAUACUUCCGUGCAUGCUGAGAAUAACAACUUUAGUCUUGGUGUAGAUAGUCAUUUUAUUUUGUGCACACCCUAUGGAGUCUCACUCAUUUUAUUUUGUUUUGCUUUUGAGCUAGUCAUUUGUGAAACCACUGGUGCGUGGUGUUUUUUGAAGCUGUUCUAGCUUAUUCAGUAUUACAGUAGUUAAUUAUAAUGUGGGUGUACACCUUAGAAUGUGUACACCUGGUGGCUCAAAUGGGAAAAAUAAGUGGAAUUGGUUAAAAGGAAGAAGUACGAUAUUCUUUCCACUACAAAUGUUAUAUUUGAAGGUAAACCAUGAUGCAGCCAUUUUAGAAAUAAGGUAUUGCUUUAUUCAUUGGGUUACAGUCAAACAAACGAGUAGUGAACUGGACCCUGUGAGAAUCCAGUGAGUGAAUGAAAUGACCUUAGACCUGUUUGCAUACUGUGAACCUGAGCAGCUUAUCGAUGAGUCCUUUCAGUUUGGGCAAGAAAACGUUGUGCAGAGGGAGCAGCACUCUUGGGUCAUUCCAAAUCCUUCCCCCCUCACAUACAGUAGAAGUGCCCCUGUUCACUGCAGGACUUACUCAAUAUUUAUUUUUGGCAUGCUUUUCUCUUUUUAGAAUGCCUUCUAUAGAUUUUUCCUGGCUCUCCAUACAAAAACCAUAUAGCUUCCAAAUUCCCCUCUGUACUCUGCAUAAAUGUAUAAGUAGAAAAACAUAACUCAUAAGUGGAACUUGUGCACUUCUUUAGUGUCUCAUUGACGUCUUCCUGCAACAAGGAGUUGAAUACUCUGCUUAGAUAAGAGGACUCAUUUUGGAGAGGAGACAUUGCCUAAGUCACAGAAUGGCCUGUACUGAUAGUCAUUGCUGCUUUUGAUUUUGAUUUUGGUUUGCAAAAACAUUAUUUUGUUUGAUUUUGAAAGACUGGGAUGCACUUGGGUGGACAGUCUUUAAAUUGCAGUUUUUUUUUUUUUUAAUUUGAUUUUAAUUUUUUUUCUGAGUUGGUAUAAAAGACAUGAUGCACCAUAUCUGCUUAUUUAUAAACCAAUGCUGUUUAUUCCAUAAGAGAUCAUAAAUGUUUAUUUUUAAGAAGAAAUACACAAUAUACAACUGUAUAUUUUCCAUCCAGUGUUUGAAAAACUUGAAUUUUAUUUAAACUUGAAAAUGACUUUGCCUUAACUUUUAUAUGAGACAAUGUAGAUUAUUUAUUUUCAAACCCCAAAAUGUUACUAAGGGUAACACAUCUAAAUGUUUAGUCAUACCAAACAUCACAAGUCUUACUAGGUCUUAAAGUACAAAUCUGUCAGCAUUUUUUGGGGGGGGGUGUAAAAUUGUAAGAAAAUGGUCUAAUUUGAUUAACUUUGUUUCUACUUCCUAUUUUCAGUUGUUUUGGGGACAUAUAAAUCCUGUAAAUGCAAAAUGGUAAAUACUGUAUCAAAUAUGUGCACUUUGAAGUGUGUGCUUUGCUUGUACAAUUGUAAAUAAUCUGAAAAAUAGAGGUACCUUAAAAUGAUUUAAAAAAUAUAUAUUGAUCUUGUUGAAAUAUUAAUGUCGCUUUUUGAGCUGGAUGUAGGAUAAAAACUAAAUGUUGUGAUUUGAUUUUGAAUAUUUUUUUUCUAUUGUUCUGGUGUGCAAAAUUGCUUCUCCCUCACUUUGCGACAGGGAAGGUUGUCUGAUUGUAACUUUUUAAAAGUCAUUCUCAUACCAUGUCCUUGUGUUUUUCAACCCCUGGUAGACAAUGUUUUCUGUUGGCCAACCUCUUCACUGUGCACAGUGAGAAAAGGGAAGAACCUACCUGUCGUACAAACACACAUCCUUAAAUGAAAGCACAGUCGGUACUAUUAUCUGACAGACUGUGCUUAUAGCAGUCUGUGUGAUUUAGCCCAUACAAGAAUUCUUUCACAGUAAAGCACAUUUUUAAGCACAGGAACAUCAAAUCUUUCUCACACAACCAAUUUCAAGUCCAUAGCAGCAUACUGUAUAAUUGUACCAGACAUGAACCUUUCAUGUUUGGAGUGAAGGUGAUUUAAGCAUUGUUGAUAUUCUGUUUAGUUUUUCUUUUUGAAGGUUUUUGUUUUUCAUGAAGUUGAACGUCAACUGAACUUUCGUAGCCCCCAGCACUAAACUUGACAAAUAAAAAUUCCUUUGGUAGGCUUUACCAGUGUUUAGACUCAAGUAUAAUAGUGUAGAUAUUUGUACACAUUUCAGCAAGAAAAGUAGUUUUCUGGCACAUACUGUAUAACAUACUGUGCAUUGUCUUUUUAUCAGUUGAUCACACAUGUGGACUGCAUUUAUCGGUGCCAUUAAUUUGUUUCAACCUGGCAGUUUGUUUGACUUGUACUGUAAUUAAACACUUGACAUUAUAAUUGUUACUGAGGAAGUGUAGCUGGUCUUGAAACUAUAUAACUGGGAAUAAUAAUCUGAUACCACUGACAUUAGACAAAGUACUCAUAGCAACCUGCAUCUGAUCUGGCUAAUGAAGUCUAGGUAUGUACAUUAAGCUAGUCUAUGCUAGUAGGCCUUUCUAAUGCAAAAUGCUAAUACUGUUGUCUUUGCAGAUUGGGUAUUGAUAUGUUAUCUGGCUGGGCACUGAGUUUGUAUGAGAAAGUGUUUGUUUGUGAGAACUUAACCAAACACAACUGCAAAAUUGACUGACGGUUGAAGUAAAGUAAACCAAAGGGUGGUUAGCCAGCCAGGUUUGUGCAGCAUGAUCUGAAAAUGAUUCUGUUAUUUGUUUCUCUCUCCUGAAGAUGAUUGCACUGCUUACAGUACGAAAGUGUUUAACUUUUUCUUCUUUUGCGCGCACUACUAAAGCCCUGUUGUAAUGUUUGGCUGUUCUUGUGUUACUGUGCACAGACAGUCUCUCAUAUCAAGCGGUCUCGUUCUCCCUGCCCAGUUCGCUUCUUUCUGUUACGUCUCACCAGUUUGAUAGUGCCAUGUAUUUUUUGCAAAGGUUUCAGCUUGUUGUAAAUUGACUGUAAAGUGAUGUUACAAUGCACCAACUGACUGGAAUGAGACGAACCAAUUGUCUCACUAUCAAAUCACUGUGUUAAAUUAACUCAUUUUUACGCUAACAGCAGUGGACAAUCGAUGACUUGAUGGGGAGAAUAACCUAACGGGAACAGUUGUUCAUCGAGGUUUCUUUGAGAGGGCUUUUGAUUUUUGUCUUAACUUUUCUUCCAUUUAAGACUGGAAUCAAGCGUACAUGUCAACUAUUGAUAAUUUAAGUUACUCUUGUGUCAUGAUGUAAAACUGUCUAAUUUGGAGAGAAAAAAAUGUAGCUUAUUGAAAAAUAAAGAUUUAGGCACUGUUAA